AUUGGCGAGAUUCUUUGACGAAGGGAUAACUCUUCAAGACUCUGGCUCUUGUACAGCAGAGAGCAAAAGAACCGGCCAACCCUUGGCUUCCCAUCAUAUCGAUUCAUUGAUGAAUGUCCUCCAUCAGUAUGGAAAUUGACGUGUGAGGAACUCACGGUGUCCUCACAGCUAUCGUCAAACCUCAAACCCACACCUGCCUGUCACUCCUGUCAGGUUCCUCCUCCGUCAUCCACCCACAUGGUCUGAACGUCGUCUGUCACAUACCAACCACGAGUCGAAUGGGUCUCUUAUGCUAGUCUCUAGAUAUGGCUGCAGGUACUCGACCACUUCCUUUACAGCCCAUGGGCUCGUCAAAUGAGGCCCCUCCUGACAACGAGUCAUCCCCGGCAAGACCAGCGAGCCCAUCACGAACUACGGGCACUGCUGGAUUUUCCUCGAAACGACAUGUUAAGGGCCUGUCCCUGAACUUCCCGAUACUCCUCCCUCCUUCCACCUCUAGUCCUUCCUUCUCGCCGUCGCCGACAGCAUCGUCCGCAUUGGCAACGCCGAUUGACUCAUCACGAUCCUCGCCUCAUACGCGUGCUUUGCAAUUCCGACACGCCGAGACACAGGAAGAUGUGAAGGUCAAACCGGAGCCGAAGGGCAGCGGAGACUUUCUUACUCUCCUCGCAGCCCAGGAGAGAAAGGUGUUGGAGCUGAGAGAAGAGUUGCAAAAGGCAGAGUCUGAUUUGCUUGCCCUGAAGCGGCAGUGGGCCAGUUAUGAAGCAACAAAGAAAAAGGACGAAGUCAAGCUGGUCAAGAAGCUGCAGCCGCUUGCCUUGGAUGACGUGCCGGCCGGGUCACGCCACACUGAGAUUGCUGAAGAAGACAUUGAUGAAGAAAGGAGGCGAAAACGAGCAAUAGUCGAGAGAAGUCACGCAGCCAAUGUCACUGCUGGGUCGACUCCAAAGUCUGGGUUGGCCCGAAAAGGGUCGAAACGUGUGUUUGAAGGACGACAUACACGAACACUAAGUCUUUUGAGUCCAACUGCCGGGGCACCCGCUCGGUCCCCAGUGAGAUCUUCGACCGAGUCAGAGCAUCAACGGGACAAACCGUACGAUGAGCACGAAGAUGGUAAUGUCAUCAGGCCGACGCCUUUGCGAAUGCCGACGUUGGAAAGUUUUGCCUCGAUCGAUGCUCUAAAUUUAGGAUUUGGGAAAACAUACAAAGAUCUCGCAGCCCACCGACGCUCAUUGCCCCCCGCAGCUACUGAUUUGCUGGUCAAACAAGGCCGACAAGUCUACGAUGGGGUCAGAGAUGGCCUGUGGACAUUUUUUGAAGAUAUAAGACAGGCAACCGUGGGAGAGGAAGGGGUCAGUGGCACCGCAGCUCAACAACAGCUACAACGGCAACCAAAGAAAAGGCCGGUGAAGAAAGUGUCUGGCCCACCCAGCAAGGGACAAUCAGCAAGCCCAACGCUGGAUCAGACCCUGCCCACGGAAAGAGAACCUUCAUUCUGGAACGAAUUUGGAUUGGAAACACCGCAUAAACCAAAUACAGCACCCUCAAUCAAACGGGAUCAAAGUAAUCGUCAUGUACAACAGAAAAGCAGCACCGAUUCAUCAAAUCCGCCCAGCCUUCUCCCCGAUGGGAACGACACAGAAGGAAUGGACGAUGGUUGGGAUACUUGGGAUUCACCAGUCAGUAACAGGAAUGGUGCGUCUCCAGAUCCCAGCCAGAAGACCAUGUCCGACAGUCUACCGUGGCCUGAGAUCCAAAAACUCACGCCGAGCAAAUUGACGCGGACGGUCAGUGAUUUGAUGCGAGAAUGGGACGGUGCGCAGAAGCGUGAAGGGCCCCAAGCUGGAGAGGCUCUGGUGAAUGGAACAGAUUCAUUACUGAGCAGCCCACACAUAUAAAAAUUAAUGGAUAUAGGUAUACGCAUAUGACAGGAGUUUAGAAGAGCACGGAUGGGGAAAACAGGGCCAGAAGGCCCAGCGACCAUGGGAUGAGUACGGAGUACUCCAUACGCUCUGGAUCAGCCUAUGAGCCAUGACUUGUUACAAACAUAUGUGACGUUAUCAGUGGAACUUUGUGUUUU